UCUGCACACUGAAAGGAUGAAGGCUUUUCACUGGAUCCUCCUGUACUGCGCUGCACCCCUGCUGUCUGAUGUACAGGGCACAUACCACCUCAUGGCAGGGGAUCCCGAGCUAAUGGCUGCUCAGAGUUACGCUCAAACCAGAAAUAAUGGGCACCCACCGCUCAGGACCCUGAAUCCAGCAAAGACAGACUCUCAGUGCAGAAGCCGUUCCCUGGACCUGGUCUUCAUCAUUGACAGCUCUCGCAGCGUGCGUCGAGGAGAGUUUGAGAAGGUUAAAAUCUUUCUGGCCAACAUAGUCGACACCCUUGAAGUGGGCUCAGAUUCCACCAGGGUGGCUGUGGUCAACUACGCCAGCACGGUCAAGACAGAGUUCCUGCUCAAAGACUAUUUUAGCAAACUAGACUUGAAGAAAGCCAUCUCCCGCAUUGAGCCUUUGGCGACUGGCACCAUGACCGGCCUCGCCAUCAAAACUGCAGCGAAUGAAGCUUUCACCGAGCAGUCUGGAGCCCGGCCUCGUUCUAGGAAUAUCUCCAAGGUGGCCAUCAUCGUGACAGACGGGAGACCUCAAGACCAGGUGGAAGAAGUGUCUGCUGCAGCCCGGGGAAAGGGUAUCGAGAUCUACGCUGUCGGGGUGGACCGUGCAGACAUGCGAUCCCUUCAGCUGAUGGCCAGCACCCCUCUGGAGGACCACGUCUUCUACGUGGAGACCUACGGCGUCAUCGAGAAGCUCACGUCCAAGUUCAGAGAGACCCUGUGUGGUGUGGACCCCUGCUCCAUGGGACACGACUGCGAACACAUUUGUGUCAACAGCAACGCCUCGUAUUACUGCAAGUGCCGGAAAGGUUAUAUCUUGAAUGCGGACAAGAAAACAUGUUCCCUGAAACAGGUGAAGGUCGAGGUGGUGGAGGAUCCCUGCAAAUGCGAGGCUAGACUGGCUUUCCAGAAGCAGACGCAGGCAGCCAUCCAACAGCUCGCAGCCAAGCUUGCUGACGUGACUGGGAGAAUAGAGCGUCUUGAGAACACGGUGGGCCGUGCCUGAAACUUUGCACAGCCAGAUGACUUUUGUUGCUCCCACAGACUACUGCAUCAUGGGGAGGAACUUCCUGCGAUCCACUCUAACUUCAACCACAGACUGAGAGAAGCAAUGACUCACAAAUCAACCCCCCAGGUUACUGACUGCUGAGCAACAAUGUCUACAAAUAAACUUUAUUUUAACUUUUUAUUGAUGAUUUUUUUCCCCCCAAAUCUACUGUAAAUGUUACUUAAACUAAACCCCCAGGAGCAUAUUAAAAUAUAUAGUAAUCUAACAUUUCUUUAAUCUUUUUUUUCUAUUUUGUAUAAAUGAAUAUUGUAUAUAUUAGCCUGGUGCUGAAUUACACGUAGCCUUAAUAAAUGUGCAACUUGAAUUCAACUAAAAAUACGGAAUAAUGAAUAUUUUCCCAUUUAUCAGGUGGUGACACAAACAUGUAUCAUACCAUAUAUAUAGUAAAAAAUUCCAUUAAAAUCUAAUCUCAUAUUUGUACAUUUGUUGUUGUAUUAUUUUUGAAAUAAUAUUACAUGAUGCACUCUAUAAAAUACAUAUUUAAAAAAAUACAAUUACUAUCUAAAGAUGUAACAGCGUUAUAGUAAAUUCUUUAAGUAGUAAAAUUCUAGCUGAUUGACUGAAAGAUGGCAUUUAUUUUGUGAAAAUAUUUAGGAUUAUAACUCUGCAU